AUGGACGUAGAUAAAUCAAGCUGCGACUUUGUUUUUGAAGACUUCAAGGAGUCGUUGAAGCGAUGCCAUUUCUGCGCAAUCGACCAGGAAAUGACGGGAGUGGAUUGCAGCGGGAAAUCUCAGUCGUGGGCAACGGGGCUGACGGAUCUUUACGAGGAUUCUCGUGAAGUGGUUGAUCGAUACAUUGCGUUUCAGUUUGGUAUUGCCUUAUUUACGUUAAUUGAGGAAGGCGUGUAUGAAGUGAAGCCGUAUAACUUUUACUUACGAAAGACAUCCGGUGACUUUGUUAUGAGCUCUGAAGCCAUAUCAUUCUUGGCAUCCCACAGCAUGGAUUUUCAAAGGUGGCUUUUGUCCGGUAUGCCUUAUUGCGACAGAAACGAAGAAAAACGUUUACGUGAAGAGGAAUCGAAAUCCUUAUAUUCGGAGGUAGAAGUUAAAAUUGCUCAAUACAUCUUAGAAAAAAUUGUGCAAUGGUAUCAUGAUUCCGAAAAUAAAACAGAGAAAAUGGUACUAUCUGACGUCCUCAUUACUCCAGAAGUUGAGGCAUUACUAUUUUCUCAUCUCUCAGUGCAGGAAGUAUUCGUCGAAUUAGAAUAUAGUAGGCAACAACGAUUCUAUUCUUCGAUUGAUAUUUCUGUGCAGCGCAUUCCAGCUAAAGAUUUUGAGCAUCACAUUAAGAAUGUGAAAGAAGUAAAAUUACCGGAUAUUUCAAAGAGACUGGGUUUCCGACGUUUUUGGAACUGUAUUACGGAUUUUAAAAAACCUAUCAUUGGCCAUAAUUUUUGGUUGGAUUUGAUGUUUAUGCUUCAUAUGCACGAGGCACCCCUUCCAGCAAACUAUAUUGAAUACAAAAAAGAACUUCAUCAAUUAUUUCCCUGUGUAUAUGAUACCAAAACCCUUUCUCGAGCUAUGGCUACGAAGAAUCCGUUCAAAUCCUUGCACUUGGAGGGAUUAUACCGAGAAUGUUGCAAACACAAUGAAGAUGCUGAGAAUUCGCUUGUGUUUAGGUCUCCACCUGGAUAUCACUUCUAUGACCCAAAGUGUACAGGAAGUGGAGCCCGAGCACAUGAGGCAGGAUAUGAUGCGUACAUGACUGGUGUUGCCUUUGCUAUUAUAAAAGAUAUUUACAGAAACAAAAAUGGAUUUGAGUUAGGAAAGUGGGAGAAUGUCAUUUCGGUUUAUGGAAGUCACUAUUAUAUGAAUAUCACAAGCGAAGACUUUUUGAAGACAAAGACUACGUUUCUGGUGGAAUUUGAAAAUGAUCUUGAAAAGAGCUUUGUAAGGUUUCUGCUUUCUUCAAAUGAAAACGUGAAGGUGCAAAAAAUGGAUCAAGGUGCCGAUGGAUUCGAUUGCCAUUUGACCUUUGACCCUAGUGCUGAGGGGAAAUACAGAAUGGUUACUGUGCAAUUUAAGGAUGAUACAACAAACGAAGAAUCUGUACAAAGUCGCAUCCAUUUUUCUGCGACGCGCUUAAAUGCGUUGCUAAAAAAUAUGAUAGGCGAGAAGGGUAUUGCUUUACCAGAAGUCAAAAGAGUUGUUCGCCUCGUAUAA